GUAAGCCCAUUCGGUCCAUUCGUUCUAUCCUUAUCGCUCUGUGUAUCACACCCUAUAAACCCAUCUCCUCUUCCCUCCUCUUCUUCUGGUUUCUCAGUCCCUGAUUUUUCUUCAAGGGACUUCGAGAAAGCAAGAGAUGGCUUCCAUUCUUGGAGUUACUGCAAUUCAUCAUGCGCCAAAUCUUGAUAUGUACAGAAGGAUGGGCACGCCGGCGACGGCGACGGUUUCAUCCACGCCUUCUCUUUCUUUUGCUGAUAAGUCUCACUUCAAUUCCUUGAAAGCUUUAACUAGUUUAAGUAGUAGUAGUAGCCGUCGCAACUUCUCCGGUUUCAGCUCUUCUGCAAUUGCUACUCCCAAUUCCAUCCUUAGUGAAGAGGCUUUUAGAAGUCUUGAUGGCUUCUCUAAAGACUCGUUGGAUGAUGAUGGUCUUAUCGAUUCUGAAGCUAAUUCUUCUCUUGCAUUUUCUGACGAUGAUGAGCUCGCCAUUUCCAAACUUGGCUUGCCCCAACGACUCUCUGAUGCUCUUGAGAAGCGUGGGAUUACACAACUCUUCGCCAUUCAGAGAGCUGUUCUUGUCCCUGCACUAGAAGGUCGGGACCUCAUUGCUCGUGCGAAGACUGGUACUGGGAAGACAUUAGCCUUUGGGAUACCGAUUAUUAAAAAAAUCACUGAAGAUGAUGAAUUAAAGAGUCCACGGAGGCGUUCACGUCUUCCUAGAGUUUUGGUGUUAACACCCACCAGGGAGCUAGCCAAGCAAGUGGAAAAAGAGAUAAAAGAAUCUGCACCUUAUCUGAACACUGUUUGCGUUUAUGGAGGCGUUUCAUAUGUUACCCAGCAAAGCGCUCUUUCUCGUGGAGUUGAUGUGGUAGUUGGAACACCUGGUCGAAUAAUAGACCUAAUAAAUGGUAACAGCCUCAAUUUGGGUGAAGUUGAAUAUUUAGUGUUAGAUGAAGCAGAUCAGAUGCUUGCUGUUGGGUUUGAGGAGGAUGUGGAAGUAAUUUUAGAAAAGCUUCCAUCUCAGCGACAAAACAUGCUUUUUUCUGCUACUAUGCCAACGUGGGUUAAGAAACUUGCACGCAAAUAUUUGGACAAUCCAUUGACCAUUGAUUUGGUUGGCGACCAAGAUGAAAAACUUGCUGAAGGGAUCAAACUUUAUGCCAUAUUAACUACUGCAACUUCAAAGCAAACCAUUCUCAGAGAUCUUGUAACAGUUUAUGCUAAGGGGGGCAAGACCAUUGUUUUUACGCGGACAAAACGUGAUGCUGAUGAAGUCUCUUUGGCAUUAGCUAAUACCAUAACAUCAGAAGCAUUGCAUGGAGAUAUAUCACAGCAUCAACGGGAAAGAACCUUAAAUGGCUUCCGGCAAGGGAAGUUUACUGUCCUGGUUGCAACCGACGUAGCUUCACGAGGAUUAGACAUUCCAAAUGUUGAUUUGGUUAUCCACUAUGAACUUCCUAAUGAUCCUGAGACUUUCGUACAUCGCUCUGGCCGUACUGGCCGUGCAGGAAAAGAGGGUACUGCCAUUUUAAUGUUUACAAAUAGUCAAAGGAGAACAGUUAGAUCUCUUGAGCGUGAUGUGGGGUGCAAAUUUGAAUUUGCAAACCCGCCUGGCAUUGAAAAGGUCUUAGAAUCAUCAGCCGAGCAAGUGGUUGUUACUCUUCGUGGAGUUCAUCCCGAGUCUAUUGAGUUUUUCAUUCCAACUGCCCAGAAGUUAAUUGAUGAACAAGGAGCUGGUGCUCUAGCAGCUGCACUUGCACAAUUAAGUGGGUUCUCCCGUCCUCCUUCAUCACGAUCACUUAUCAAUCACGAACAGGGAUGGGUCACAUUGCAGCUCACCAGGGAUCCAUCUUAUUCUCGAGGCUUUUUGUCUGCUAGGUCGGUCACUGGAUUUCUGUCUGACGUUUAUUCCCCAGCUGCAGAUGAAGUUGGAAAAAUACAUCUAAUUGCAGAUGAAAGGAUAAAUGGAGCAGUAUUUGAUCUUCCCGAGGAAAUAGCAAAAGAAUUGCUGAAUAAGGAUCUGCCGGAAGGAAAUACUCUUUUGAAGAUCACCAAGUUACCUCCUCUGCAAGAUGAUGGCCCCCCAAGUGACAGCUAUGGACGAUUUUCUGGCCGAGAAAGAAGUAGCCGAAAUAGCUCUAGGGAUCGCAGAGGUUCUAGAACAUCAAGGGGCUGGGGCGGCAGCAGCCGAGACUCCGAUGAUGAUGGUGAUCUAUUUAGUCGAAAUCGCGGUUUUAGAUCUAACAGCAGCAGGGGCCGGAAAUUUAAAAGCUCAGGAGAUGACUGGCUAAUUGGUGGAGGCAGCAGACGAUCAAGCAGAUCAUCGUCCAUGGAUAGAUUUGGAGGGUCCUGUUUUAACUGCGGAAGGAUGGGGCACAGGGCAUCAGAAUGCCCCAACAAUUGAGAGGAGCACGGCCAUCAAUCAAAUAUACUUUUGAUUCAGCUUUUAGUUUCUUGUGGCGACUUAUAAGUAAGUAGGUUUUUGGUGUCAGGUAGGCUAUAGGUUGCAUUUAUCUUAAUAUUCAGUGGCGACUACAAUAUGCUCUCCUUGAAAGAGUUGCAGGAAUGAUGCUCACUCUCAUGCUGCGUUACAACAUCACCAACAAUUCUCAGUCUGUUGUCCUAUUAAGUUUUGCGCAGUGAUGCAUUUAGAAGUUGAUUGUUUUGUGUAUGAAUUGAAUUAUAUGAAUCCCCCCCUUUUCGCCCCCAUGUAGAAUGUAUAUGUUCCAGAGACAGAAUGAAGAAAUGAAAACAGCAUAGCAUUCCCUCGUUAUAACUUUA